CUAGACAGUCGUACAACUAAAAGCAACUCAUCAAAUAAAUAGAUAACCAACCACCGCUCGCUAGCACCAUGUCUGACAACGAAGAAGAGGCCGAUGUGGCCGCUAUGCUUGAUUUGACCAAGAAGAAGAAGAAAAAGAAGAAGAAGAAAGCCGUCGCCGCCACCUCGGAAAAAAGCAGCGGUGAAACCGGCGGAGACGCUGGUGUCCCCGUGGACGCUUCGGAACAGCAGCGUUUGUUGGCGGAAUUGGAUGCCGCUCAAGACGUGGGUGAUCCCAACGAUCGCAGGGCGGAUUACACGUACGAAGAAUUGCUGGAGCGUGUGGUGGAUCUCUUGCAAGCCAACAAUCCCGAUUUGGUCGAGAAGAAGCGCACCCGUAUCAAGCCUCCUCAGAUGCAGACCAUUAGCAGUCGAAAGUGUAUGUGGGUCAACUUUCAGGAGAUUUGCUCCAUGAUGCAACGUGAUCCACAGCAUGUCUAUCAGUUCUUCAUGACCGAGUUGGGAACGGAAGGAUCCAUUGACGGAAAUCAGCGUCUCAUUAUUCGCGGUCGCUACUUGCCCAAGUAUAUUGAAUCCUUGCUGCGUAAAUACAUUCAGGAAUAUGUCACUUGUGGAAUGUGCCGUUCUCCCAAUACCGAUCUGGUCAAGGAUCAGGGAUCGCGUCUCUACUUUUGUAAUUGCCGGGAUUGUGGUGCCAGUCGAGCUGUUGCGGCCAUCAAGGCCGGAUACCAUGCCACCAAUCGGGCCGAUCGUAGGGCUGCCAGAAACAGAACGUAAACUGGGCGUGUGUAGCAUUCAGCGGCGUGCAAAAACAGAACGACAAUAAUAUCAUCGUAAUAGUAAAAAGCAUGUUAUUUGUUGCUCAAGAAG